CUUUUCAGCCCUCGUCUAAUGGACGGGCGAUACCAGACCGGCGGGGGGUUACCGCAGGGGGUUAAGAUUUUCUUAUGGGGCAUGUUGGCCCUGGAGCCAAGAAGCAGGCCUGUGUAGGCCCUGGAAACAGUCUGGCAUCCAUCCGAAAGAAAUUGUUCGUCAUCCUUGUCAGGGAGGAUCUAGAAGUAGGACCACAGCGACCAAACCAACAUUCAAGAACAACAGGUGAUUCGACUGUUCAUGGCGAGGAGACAUGUGACUGCGGAGGCGCUUGCAACUGCCACACUUUCAUGUCAAACAAAGAGGAGAACUGUGAUAUUCCAGUGGGUCGCAUCAAAGAUGCUAUUCGAUCAAAACGUGCGUUCGCUGACGAUGUGCCGUCUUGAGUGCCGUUCAAAAGGAAUUGGAACCUUUUUCAUGGACCGAGACCCCGUGCAGCAAGAUUCUCCAACACGUCACCUACACGCUUUGAAUCCUCCCCACUACGACCGAUGCCCCGUUCUCGCACACUGUCUAAACCGUCCACAUUGCAACCUGUAUAUUACGCCAAGUACAUGUGAUUUCGGUUUGACUACAUUUUUCCACGAACAAUACAUUCAAUGGCUUAAUCAUAUUGUGCUAGGGUACUGCCAUAUGAUAUUUGUAACACCAUAAUUCUUGAAAUGUGUAAUCCAAGAUGUAGUGAAGUUGUGAUGUCACAUGUUGCCAGUAGUCUCUGAUUGUUCUUUCUCUCAUGUCCAUGUUUGACCACUGAGUUUAUACCGCAAACGUUUACACAUCGAAUUGUAUCGAGCACAAGCUGAACUUGAAUCGUUUGAUAAGGGCCAUGUGGAUUUAAAACUUGUAAUAAGAGCUAUCAGUAACAAACGAAUAGCUUGAAAUACUUUGCUGACAAAUGUGCAACAAGGCAUUGCUAAAAUACAACCGAUGAUUAGCCAUAUAGUAUAUACAAGUAUAAUCAAGCUAAAUAUAAACUGUAAAGGGUCCAUCCCUCUGUAUAUUGCACCAUUUGUAUUGUAACCAGUAGUUUUACGUCUUCAGUUGUAUAGUUUUCCCUUUUUCCUUGCCAAUCAAUACACCUAAUUGCAAUGGA